AUGUACGUACCGAGUCGUGUUGUCGCCGUCAAGAGGCAGCGAACCCCGAGUCAACCGCUCCCAGCAGCGGUGUUCAUUUUUAGGCGAGAUUUCCGUGUGACUGACAACACCGGUCUGCUGCUGCUGAUAGAACGGGCUGGCAAACAGUCGCUACCCGUCAUUCCCCUGUUCUUUUUCAAUCCAAGGCAGUGUGACCCCGAUAAGAACCCUUAUUUCGGUAAGGCUUGCUUUGAGUUCCUAUGCCAAUCACUGAAACAUUUGGAUACUGUUCAGCUUGGUGGACGUCUAGUUUGUCUUCGUGGUAGUGAUUGUGACUGUCUCGAGGUGGUUCGUUCCUCUGGUUACGACAUCAAACAGCUUGGUUUUAACCGCGAUAUUACGCCUUUUGCACGUAAACGUGAUCUUCAGCUCGAAGAAUGGUGUGUGAAACGGGGUGUACGGUGUGUCACCAGCAACAUGGAUUAUACACUACUCCCCCCGGAUGUAGUAACUAACAAGAAUGGAAAACCGUACCGUGUCUUCAGUCCUUUUUAUCGUGCCGUUCUACAGGAGCACUUCAGCGACAUACAAGCGCCAAAUCCUAAGGCCACCACCAUCGGUGAUAUUUUUACCGGUUCCCAUGUAAAGGAAGAUGUCAAAGCUACUGUAGAUCAAGCAAGGAGGAGCGCCAUGGCCGCGGAUGAGUUCUCUUCACUGGUUGACUACGUUGAUUUAGCAGCCCUUCCCCAAACCUUUCCCGAACUGGUGGAUAGGGGCGGAAGAAGUGAAGGGUUGCUACGGUUGGCAAGCGUUGCAUCGGCAAAAAAUUAUUCUGCCAUCCGAGACGACAUUCCGGGGGACAAAACGACACAUUUAAGUCCGCAUUUAAAAUUUGGUACCAUCUCUAUCCGUGAGGCCAUGCAGGUUGCAUUGCUACACUUGGGGAAGGAGCAUGCAUUUACUAGGCAACUCAUUUGGCGCGAGUUCUAUUCGAUGUUACUCUAUCACAACCCGCGUCUGGCAUUGGGGCAACUAAAGAUGGACGUUGCCCCUCAGGGUGAGCGACAAUGUCGUGCGACGCUUGCCAAUGAGCCGUUUCUGGAGAAGUACUCUAAUUUCCAGUGGGAGUGGAAUGACGCAGAAUUUACCGCGUUCAAGUCCGGAGCCACAGGAUUCCCGCUUGUGGACGCUGCGGUACGCUGUUUGACGAAAACGGGUUGGUGUCACAACCGCUGCCGGAUGUUAAUUGCCAAUUUUCUUGUGAAGGUUCUCUUUGUGGAUUGGAGGGAAGGUGAGCGGUGGUACGCUACCGUCGCUGUGGACUACGAUGUGGCUAAUAACAGCGGCGGUUGGCUCUGGUCAUCGGGCCAGGGUGCUGAUGCACAGCCGUAUUUUCGUUUCUUUAACCCGUUCCGCCAGUCCGCUCAGCACGAUCCGCAGGCCGUGUUUAUCAAACAAUGGGUGCCAGAGCUCCGGAAUGUGUCUGUGAGGACGAUACACAAGUGGGAUGUGUUUUGCAAGGAGGGGCGACCAGCGGACCAGGGCACAUUAGGUACAGUGCAAGGAACUGUGAAGGAAAGCAACGGAAUAAAAAAGGAAAAGACGGAGCUACCGCUUGGGGGCAGCAUCGUUGGUGGAUCGGCCUAUCCCAGCCCCAUUGUUGAUCUGAAGCAGCGCACAAAGUGGAUCGUCGAAAGGUACAAGAAACAUGCAGCAGAGGUGAUUUAG